AUGAAUAACGACCAACUAACAGGAAGUUCAACAAAUGAACUCGCCCCGCUAGUUUAUCGUCCGCCUCGACCGGCUGUUCUUCAAGACAAUCGUUCCAAUCUUCGACGCCAAUUAGCUGUUUUGGCUAUUUUGGUAGGAUGUUUCUUUGAGCGAUUAGCGUUCUACAGUCUUGCUGGUAAUUUGGUGGUAUUUCUCAGUUCAACAGAUUCAAAUUGGAAACAGUUUAAUGCCGUUACAGCGUCAUUUAUCUUCUUAGAACCAUGUAGUUACGUUUUAUUGCCAACGUUGAUUUUUAUUGGUCUUGGAGUUGGAGCCGUACAGGCGAAUACAGCUGUGUUUGGAGCUGAGCAAGUUCAAAAUUUAGGCGCAGCAGAAACAUCAGCUUAUUUUAAUAAAUACUAUGCAGCAGUUAAUUUCGGUGGUCUAUUAGCCUUUGGCGUAAUUGCCUACGUUCAACAAAAUGUCGAUUUUUUCUACGGUUAUGUUAUACCUGCAACUCUGUUAAUAAUAGCUGCUCUGUUAUUUAUUGGUGCUUAUCCGUUGUAUAUUCAUUCUCAGCCAUUUGAUUCUGUUAUUACACUAUUUAUUCCUGUUUUGAUUAAUGCCUUUCGAUCAAAACGUCAACAUUCACGUGAAGUAGUUCAACAGCCACAACAAAUAUCGGCAGAUGAAAAUUCUGUAUUAACGCAACAAUUUGAUUGUAGACUUACUAGUACAGAAAAAAUAACAUUUAUUGAUUAUGCACGUGCAUCAAAAGGGGGAAAAUUUAUUGAUAGAAUUGUUGAUGAUGUCAAAUCAUUACGUUAUAUUAUUGUUGUUUUUGUUUUGUUAAUUCCAUAUUGGUUAAUCUAUUUUCAGAUUGAAACUACCUUUCUUGUUCAAGGAUUACAUAUGAGAAUUCCACGAUUUGGGGCUAGUCAACGUAUGCCAGCUAUUUGGCUGUCACUUGGCGAUCAAGUGAUUAUUAUUUUAAUGAUUUUAUUUUUAAACACAGUUAUUUAUAAGCGCUUAAAUUCAAGUGGAAGAGCAAUUAAAAUUGAAACACGUAUCGUUAUUGGAAUGGUCUGUGCUACGUUAGCCAUGUGUGCAUCAGGCUUAAUAGAAAUAUUUCGUGUUCAAACAUGUCAAAAUUAUCCCACAGUAACUCAAAUAAUCGGUAAUACAACAUAUAUAGCAGCCGAUUUUACAAUAUUUGCUCAAUUUCCACAGUAUAUUGCUGUUGGUCUCUCAGAAGUAUUUGCUUCUGUUGCAAGUCUUGAAUUUGCAUAUCUAUCUGCUCCACGCUCCGCUCAGUCUCUCAUUAUGGCUUUACGAUUUUGUUCUUCGGGUAUUUCAUCAUUCUUAGGAUCAGUCGAAAGUUGGGAAAGAACAAAAGAAAAAUGA